GACAAAAUGGAGGAUGUUUGAUGUGUAACCUUUCUCUCUCAUUUUGGGUAUAAACAAGUACUAUGCAGUCUUGUAUAGCGUCAAUAUACCAGAUACAAUUGCAUGAAAGCUGUUCUUGACGCCUGUAAUGUUGAUAGACUGUGAGCUACCAUGAAUCAAGAGUCAAUGUAUCUCGAACUACCCACUGGAUGGGAGAUGAAGAUCGACCCAAGAACUGGCCGACCGUUUUUCAUCGAUCACAUCACAAGAACGACAUCAUGGAAUGACCCAAGGGAGUUUAGAAAUAAUGCAGGAUAUGAAACCUUUAAGCAAAAUAAACCACCUGACACUUCGCCCAAGCAGUCUAUCAAUAAUAACGAUUUAAAAACUCAGCAACCCUCAAAGUCACAGUUAAUCCAUAACCAAGAAGGCCAGUCUGCUGCCCAGUCUUCAGCUCAGUCAUCUAAUCAAAUAAAACACUUCUUUGACACUCCAAACUCAAACUUUCAAGCUUGGCUAAGGGUUAACCAUCCUAGUUCUAAGAUACCAGUGCCAUCAUCAAUGUAUCCAAACAUGCAGGGAUUACAACAAGGACAAGCUGGCUAUGCUCCUGAACAACCCCAUGGGUACCCCCCUCAGAAUAUAAGCAUGCAUCCAUCUCAGACUCCUUCAACGCCAUUACCAGGAAUUCAACCACCACAUUCAGGAAAUUCCAUUACAACUGAAUAUGAUAGCAAUGCAAAAAUGCAAGAUUCGCAGUACUCUCCAUAUGGGCAAAGUUCAUUGGGACAGCAACCGGUGCYGAGUUCAGUAACCAGCAUGCAAUAUGGAUCUCCUGGUGGKCAAUAUCARCAGUAUUCCCAUGAUACUGGAAAAUCAAUUCAGACCAGCCAAUCUCCACAGUAUCCUACUGGGCCAAAUAUGCGACUAUCUCAACCAAAUCCAAGUCAAAUAGUAGGACCACAUCAAACACCAUAUUCAAAUGGCCAGCAGAUAAACAUGCCUCAACCUGGACAACCAGGUAGCAUGGCUGCACAACCAAGACACCCGAUGCCUACUAAUAGUAUGCAAUCAUUGUCUGGAUAUCCUAAGUCACCAGGUGGCAUUGACCAGAUACCUGGUCAGCCAGUUAUGAAUAGCAGUCCUUUCCCACCACMCAAUCAAACAAAYAGUAUGACAACKGCUGGACAGCCAGUAGCAACUAAUGGUAUGCCACAGGCUCAAUCAACCAUGGGACAGCCAAUGAGGUCAUCUCCACARCCAUUCCAACCAAUGGGACCAUCAUUUGAACAGCCUAUGGCAUCUAAUAGUGUACUUCAAAACUCAAAUCARCCUCCACAGCCUGYGACGCCUAAUAAURUACCUCAGUCAUCAGCUUUACCRACUGYRGGAAUGGAAGCUGCAUAYAGGCAGCCUGUGGCWRCCAAUASCRUGCCAUAUAAUCAACCUAUGGUGWCUUCYGSUACUAUGUCGCAAGCAGGACAGCAGUCAACUUUACAGUCAUCUACAGGACAUCCUAUGGCUACAAAUACUUUGCCGCAGUUCAUGUCACAUCCUAUGACAUCUAUCGGGCAGCCUAUGUCAACAAAUUCUUUGCCAUCAUCGACUUCACAGCCUGUKAURSAGCCCAACAACACAACUCAGUCAUCAGGUUGGCMAACAAGUCAAACACAASCUACUUCACCAASUAAUGUGAACUAUCAACCUUAUUCACAAGUACAAGAUACUGUUACAAAUAGUAGCCCAGUUYUACGUCAAACUUCUAUGACGAGUAACUACCAACAGCCUAACCCAGCUAACAAUAUUCCGUAUUCAGGAGCUCAGCCAAUGUCUACUAUAAGUAGWUCAGUGYCACCAGCUCAAUCUACUAUGACAAGCAGCUACCAGCAACCUAUUGCAACUGGCAAUAUGCCAUAUUCAGGAGUACAGCCUAUGGCUACUAAUACUAGUUCAGUGCCACCAGCUCRGCCUACUAUGGCAAGCAGCUACCAGCAACCUAUUGCAACUGGCAAUAUACCAUAUUCAGGAGUACAGCACAYGCCUAGUCCAGUGCCACCAAWGUCUACUAGUAGCAUGCAGCAGCCRUCUGAACAACCUACCACACCUUAUCAACAAGCUGUAAACAGUGGCAUUCAACAACAGGCAUCACAGCCUAUGGCAUCAAAUAUGCCGAAGCAAUAUGGACAACCAGGGACAAUGCCAUAUAAUCCACCCCCACAACAAAUACCAACUAGCAACCUUUAUCCUCAACAGCCUACCCAACCAAAUUCCUAUCAGCUGGCCAAUCAAGGAAAUAGUUAUCAAGCUGGGCAAUCAAUGACAACUUUGAACUAUGCACAACAACCCAAUGCGUCAAAUCCUCAAUCAGUACAACCUCWGAGGAACUCAGACUAUUCUCAACAAUGGCGUCCACCUAAUCCUCAACCUGGRCCCCCAAUGACAGGUAUAAACUAUGUUCAACAACCCAGUGGGCWUUCACAACAGCAACAAGGAAGUAUGAGUCAACCACAAUUUCCAGGUCAKCCUGGYAAUAGYCCUCAAGUGUAUGGACAACAGGGCAUCUAUCCACCAGGUACAACKUACCAACAACAACCAUCCACACAGGGUUAYAACCAAGCUCCACAAGCAAAUAACCGACCAGGAAUGUACCCUGCAUUACCAGAAACACCUGGAAUGAACCCAGCAUCCUAUAGUGGUCCAGGAACUAAUGUCAUACAAGGACAACCUGGGGUAACUUACCCUCAGUACCCUUACUCUCAAAACCAAACCCAAYCARGCUACMCAACAAUGGCUUCAGUGGGGAACAAUACCCAGGCAUAUAGCACUAGUGCAGCCCCUCCUAGUCAAGCACCAGGCACAGGGUACCCAGUAUCAUCAGGAUACUCCACACCAAAUUCCUAUUCUAAACACAAUGAAAAGGUSAAGAAAACGAGAAUUGAGAUGAUUGAUCGUGUACUAUGUCGUGCAACUCAGUUGGAACCAAAGGUUUUUGGGUUCAAUGGGAGAAGAGGUGAUAAGGAGUUCCUGGGUUUGGAGGAAGAACUAACAAGAUGCAUAUUAGAGCUUGAUAAAGUACAGACUGAUGGUAUUGAAGACAUUAGAAUUGCUAGGAAGUCUGCAAUUCAAAGAGUGCAAUACUUGAUCGAUUAUUUAGAAGGAAAAGACUGAUGUAAUGGAAAAGGUGAAACACUUGCAAAAAAAUAGCAUGCUUUUAUUUCGUAAUUGUUUUUAGAUUGCAAAAGACUUUGCUGGCAAAAUUGUAUGUUAAAGUUUUGCAUAGAAAUCUGUUAAAUAAUCCAAAUAUCAGCUCAUUCAAUGAACUUGUAAUUCAAUGUAAUAUACUCAAUCCACCACAAUUGCUAUUAACAUAGUAAAUGACUGAUGCAUAAGCAGCUGUACGCUGAAAUGCAGCCAGUCACAAGGUUGAUCCUUGGGUUUUGGGCCGGAUAUUAUACACUACACUGUAUGUAUGGUAUUAYGUUAUCCACCAUUUUUGCAAUAUUAUUAAAUGAUCGAUUAUAUUUUUA